GCUGGCGCCGGUUGUGGGGGAGGGUGGACGGUAGCUGUGGCGGAACAGGGAGCCUGACUAAUGGCAAUAAAGUGACCAAUCAUGGCACUCAUGAUUCCACCAGUGAAGCUAAAAUGGUUAGAGCAUCUCAAUAGCUCUUGGAUUACGGAGGACAGUGAGUCCAUUGCUACAAGAGAAGGUGUUUCUAUUUUGUACAAUAAGCUAGUUAGCAGUAAGGAAGUGGUACCAUUACCACAGCAAGUACUCUGCCUUAAGGGACCUCAGUUACCAGAUUUUGAACGUGAGUCCCUCUCUAGCGAUGAGCAAGAACACUAUCUAGAUGCUCUCCUUAGUAGCCAGCUGGCUCUGGCGAAGAUGGUUUGCUCUGAUUCUCCAUUUGCAGCAUCCCUUCGGAAGCGCUUGUUGGUGUUACAGCGUGUUUUUUAUGCUCUAUCCAACAAAUACCAUGAUAAAGGUAAAGUCAAGCAGCAACAGCAUUCACCUGAAAGUAGUUCUGGAGCAACAGACAUCCAUUCUGUAAGUGAACGCCCAAGAUCCAGUACGGAUGCUCUAAUAGAGAUGGGAGUUCGGACCGGAUUAAGUCUAUUGUUUGCACUAUUACGACAGAGUUGGCUGAUGCCUUCAACGGUGCCAGGAUUGAACCUCUGUAAUGAUGUUAUUCAUACAGCAAUAGGUGUGAUAAGCUCAUUGCCACCAUUAUCUUUAGCAAAUGAAAGUAAAAUUCCAGCAAUGGGACUGGACUGCUUGUCCCAAGUGACAACAUUCUUAAAAGGAGUCACAAUGCCAAACUCAGGCGCAGAUAUUUUGGGACGAAGAUUAGCUUCAGAGUUGCUACUUGGACUUGCAGCCCAACGUGGUUCUCUACGAUAUCUUCUGGAAUGGAUAGAAAUGGCUUUGGCUGCAUCGGCUGUAGUUAGCACCAUGGAGAAAACAAAACUGCCCAUGAAUCGAGAAGGAAUGAUCAGUCAUGAUUGCUUCAUGAACAUUCUUGUACAAAUGAGACGCUCUUUGGGUGCAUCAGCUGAUAGGAGUCAAUGGCGAGAACCCACUAGGACACACGAUGGUUUAUGCUCAUUGUAUGAGGCAGCUCUGUGCCUCUUUGAAGAGGUUUGUCGAAUGGCUUCUGACUACUCCAGAACAUGUGCUAGCCCCGAUAGCUUACAGAACGGAGAUGCUCCUGUGGUGUCAGAAACAUGUGAAGUAUAUGUUUGGGGUAGUAACAGCAGCCAUCAACUAGUUGAGGGAACACAGGAAAAAAUUCUUCAGCCAAAAUUAGCUUCCAGUUUUGCUGAUGCUCAAACAAUUGAAGCUGGUCAGUACUGCACAUUUGUCAUUUCAUCUGAUGGAUCAGUAAGAGCCUGUGGCAAGGGCAGUUAUGGAAGGCUUGGUCUGGGUGAUUCAAAUAACCAGUCCACCUUGAAAAAGUUAACUUUUGAACCACAUCGAGCUAUCAAAAAAAUCUCUUCAUCAAAAGGUUCUGAUGGGCAUACACUAGCCUUUACUACAGAAGGAGAAGUGUUUAGUUGGGGUGAUGGUGACUAUGGAAAACUUGGACAUGGAAACAGUUCCACGCAGAAAUAUCCCAAACUUAUUCAGGGACCAUUACAAGGAAAAGCCGUUGUAUGUGUCUCUGCUGGCUAUAGACACAGUGCAGCCGUUACUGAAGAUGGCGAAUUGUACAGCUGGGGUGAAGGGGACUUUGGGAGGUUAGGUCAUGGUGAUAGCAAUAGUCGGAACAUCCCAACUUUGGUCAAAGAUAUUAGCAAUGUAGGAGAAGUUUCUUGUGGAAGCUCACAUACCAUUGCAUUAUCGAAAGAUGGAAGAACAGCUUGGUCCUUUGGGGGAGGUGACAAUGGCAAACUCGGUCAUGGUGACACUAACAGAGUUUAUAAACCCAAAGUUAUUGAAGCCUUACAAGGGAUGUUUAUCCGUAAAGUAUGUGCUGGGAGUCAAUCUUCACUUGCUUUAACGUCAACAGGGCAGGUGUAUGCUUGGGGCUGUGGUGCCUGUCUUGGGUGUGGCUCAUCAGAAGCUACAGCUUUGAGACCCAAACUUAUUGAAGAACUGGCUACUACAAGAGUAGUUGACCUCUCAAUAGGUGACAGCCACUGUUUGGCUCUUUCACAUGAUAAUGAGGUGUAUGCUUGGGGCAAUAAUUCUAUGGGACAGUGCGGUCAAGGAAACUCAACUGGGCCAAUCACAAAACCUAAAAAAGUUAUUGCUUUGGAUGGAGUAGCAUGUCAGCAGGUUUCUGCUGGAACUUCCCACAGCUUAACUUGGACAGCAUUACCAAGAGACAGACAAGUUGUAGCUUGGCACCGACCGUACUGUGUUGAUUUAGAAGAAAGCACUUUUUCUCACCUUCGAUCGUUUCUUGAAUGGUACUGUGAUGGAAUCAAUAGUGAAGUUCCACCUGUCCCUUUCCCGUCAUCCAGGGAGCAUCACAAUUUUCUUAAGCUUUGUCUCAAGCUACUAUCUAAUCAUCUGGCACUGGCUGUAGCUGGCGGUGUGGCCACCAGUAUUCUUGGGAGACAGGCCAGGCCACUGCGAAAUCUAUUGUUCAGAUUAAUGGACUCAUCUGUACCAGAUGAAAUCCAAGAGGCUGUUAUAGAGACAUUGUCUGUUGGCGCUACAAUGUUACUUCCACCAUUGCGAGAAAGAAUGGAGCUGCUACAUUCGCUACUUCCACAGGGCCCUGAUAGAUGGGAAAGUUUAACUAAAGGACAAAGGAUGCAAUUGGAUAUUAUUCUUACAAGCCUACAAGACCAUACCCAUGUAGCUUCUUUGCUGGGCUAUAGCUCACCUUCUGAUGUUGAAGCCACCUCUACAGGACAAAAUUACAGCAGCUUCCUUGAUCCCUCAUUCAACUCCCAAUCCAGUCAUCCCGAUACCCAUCUGGCAGAAAUCUUGAUGAAGACCCUACUAAGGAAUUUAGGAUUCUAUACUGAUCAGGCUUUUGGAGAACUGGAAAAAAACAGUGACAAGCAGCUUCUGGGGACAUCGUCUGCAGAAAACUGCCAGCCAGCUCAUUUGCAUGAACUUUUGUGCUCUCUCCAGAAGCAACUCUUGGCAUAUUGUCACAUCAACAGUGUCAGUGAGAGCUCCAGUAGUGUAGCUUUAUUGCACAAACAUCUACAGCUCUUACUGCCUCAUGCGACUGAAAUUUACUCCCGUUCUGCGACACUGUUGAAAGAAAGCUCCUGGAAUGGGAGUGUCAGGGACAAGCUUCAAGGUGUCCUGUAUGGAUCAGCAGCAGGGAGCAUGCUGUGUCAGAUCAUUAACUCUUUACUGUUACUGCCUGUCUCUGUGGCACGACCGUUGCUAAGCCAGCUACUAGAUUUAUUGCCAUCGUUGGAUAGCUUAAACAGACUUUUACCAGCUGCGGCCCAUUUAGAGGAACAGGAGUUGCAGUGGCCGCUGCAUGGUACUAUUGAAAGUUCUGAGCCUGAUGAUUUGGCAAUACCCCAAUCUGCCCAGCCUUGGGUGUGGCUUGUAGAUUUGGAAAGAACUGCUGCACUACUUGUAGGACGUUGUCUUGGUGGAAUGCUACAGGGUCCACCUCCGACUGCUGAAGAACAAGAUACAAUUCGUUGGUUAAAAACACCUCUUUUCAGCAACGGACUGGAAAUGGAUCUCUCCCAGCUAGAUAAAUGCAUGAGCUCUCUGCUGGAAGUUGCACUGUCUGGAAAUGAAGAACAAAAACCUUUUGAAUAUAGCCUUGGUGCCGAGAAUAUUAUGCUUGUUGAUCUGGCUUUGGGCUCGACUAAAGAACCUGUCAAUGUUCUGUGGCUCAAAAUGCAGGACUAUGCUGUCAGCAAAGAUUGGGACAGUGCGAUUCUUGGCAAUGAGACUUUGUUGGAUACAGCUUCAAGAUUUGUCCUUGCAGCUCUUUUAAAGCACACAGGUUUACUAAAUCAAGUCUGUGGUGAAAGCAGGUAUCAACCAAGUAAAACACUUGCAGAAAUAUAUCGUUGUGUUUACAAAGUUCGUAACAAACUGCUAGCAUGCAAAAACCUGGAACUUAUCCAGACCCAGUCACUUUCCAGUGAAAGGAGAUUGUCAGAAAAUCAAGACACGACAGAUGUUGAUGUUCAAGAGCUUUCUUUCACUCGUACCAUUGAUGAAGAAGCUGAAAUAGAAGAGCAGGCAUAUCGAGAUCGUGAAGAUGAGCAUCUGGAACAAGAGGAAGAAGAUAGGGAGCAAGAAGUCAUGACUGCUGGAAAAAUCUUUCAAUGUUUCCUAUCAGCACGUGAAGUUGCUCGUAGUCGUGAUUGUGACAGAAUGAGCAGCACAUCUGGAAUUGGGAAUGGAACUGUUGUUCGACUAGAGGAUCCACAGUCUCAGCUCCGGGAAGAACGGCGAGUCAGCACUGGACUCACAGAAGGACAGGACCUUUACACAGCAGCAUGCAAUUCUGUCAUUCAUCGAUGUGCACUGUUAAUUCUAGGUGUCACCCCAGUCAUUCAAGAGUUGUAUCAAAAAGAUGAAGGCCAGAUAGGACAUUCUGCGACUAAUGAAGGGCUUGGUUUUAUGACCAGGAGUGAAAGUUUGACAGCAGAAAGCCAUCCUGUGCUAUCAAAUUCAACCUACAAACUAACUAAAUCGAGAAGUGAAUCAGACUUGUCUCAGCCUGAAUCUGAUGAAGAAAGUUGUGCAUUUAACUCCAGAAGAUAUGUAGAUGCGGACUUAGAUUUGGCAUCAGUUCAGAGAAAGCGAGGACCUCUUUAUAGCCCAACAGAUUCACUGAGAGCUACUUGGGCGCGGCUGAAAUCUAGUAGAGAUUGGCCGUAUGAUUCUUCUCACCUGUACAAUGCUGCUGAUUUUGAUCUGAAUCAGUCUCUUGGAAUACAUGCAUUCAUUGAAAACAUUGUUAGUUUUGUGAGUGGAGGUGUAGGAACUUCCCCAAGUUUUAAAGAAUCUGAAGAAAAUAUGGCCUCCAACCCUCAGGCCAUCAUCAUUGCCAUGGAGCAGCAACAGCUCAGGUCUGAGCUACGUCUGGCAGCACUUCAUCAAAUCUUGGUGUUACUUUCUGGAAUGGAGGAAAAGGGCAGCCAGUUAACAGGAAGUAAUUCUGUGACUUCAUGGUUCCAUUCCACUUCUUUACUCACAUCAGUCAGGUUACAAUUCUUGGCAGGAUGCUUUGGCCUGGGCACAGUGGGGAAUGCAGGAAUCAAAGGUGAAAGUGUCCAACUGCAUCACUAUCAGGACGGUAUUAGGGCUGCCAAGAGAAGCAUUCAGGUGGAUAUCCAGAGUGCUGUUCACAAGAUCUACCAACAACUGUCUGCUACCCUCGAUCGGGCCUUGCAAGCAAAUAAGCACCACAUUGGAGCCCAGCAACGUCUCUUGUUGGUCACAGUAUUCGCCCUUAGUGUGCGUUACCAGCCAGUGGAUGUGUCUUUGGCAAUCUCUAGUGGUUUGUUGAAUGUACUAUCCCAGUUGUGUGGUACUGACACUAUGCUGGGGCAGCCACUGCAAUUGAUACAAAAACCAGGUGUUUCACAGCUGAGCACAGCUUUGAAGGUUGCCAGCACUAGAUUGCUUCAGAUACUUGCCAUCACCACAGGAACCUAUGCAGACAAACUUAGUCCUAAGGUGGUUCAGUCUCUCUUAGACCUGCUCUGCAGUCAGCUGAAAAACCUACUCUCUCAGGCUGGAGUACGCCUGGUUCCUUUGCAUGGGGGUGGAAAAAACAAAUCAGAUGAGAUUGGUGAGACUGAAGAUACCAAAGAUUUGAAAGCUAUUCUACGAAAACAGCAUACAGCAGAUCUGCAGUUGGGAGAUUUUCUUGUUUUUCUGCGGAGAGUUGUUUCCUCAAAAGCUAUUCAGUCAAAAAUGGCAUCACCUAAAUGGACCGAAGUGCUGCUUAACAUUGCUGCACAAAAAUAUUUUUCUGGUGUACCACUGGUUGGAAACCUGAGAACAAGGCUACUUGCUCUUCACGUUCUGGAAGCAGUAUUACCUGCCUGUGAAUCAAGUGUAGAAGAUGAUCAAAUGACACAGGUUGUGGAACAUCUUUUCUUGCUUAUCUCUGAUUGCAUGUGGGAGGCACCAAUUGCUCAGGCAAAACAUAUGAUUCAAGCAAAGGAGAAAGAGCAAGAAAUUAAAUUGCAGAAGCAAGGUGAAGUCGAGGAAGAGGAUGAAAAUCUCCCUGUCCAGGAAGUAUCAUUUGAUCCUGAGAAAACCCAGUGUUGCGUGGUGGAGAAUGGACAAGUUCUGACUCAUGGUAGUGGUGGAAAGGGCUAUGGUUUAGCAUCAACUGGAAUUGCUUCUGGAUGUUAUCAGUGGAAGUUCUAUAUAGUUAAAGAAAAUAGAGGUAAUGAAGGUACCUGUGUGGGAGUAUCUCGCUGGCCUGUGCAUGAUUUCAAUCAUCGGACUACCUCAGACAUGUGGCUGUACAGGGCUUACAGUGGUAAUCUGUACCACAAUGGGGAGCAGACACUGACCCUCUUCAGCUUUACUCAAGGAGACUACAUAACAUGUGUGUUGGAUAUGGAGGCCAGGACCAUCUCAUUUGGGAAAAAUGGAGAGGAGCCUAAGCUAGCUUUUGAAGAUGUGGAUGCAACUGAAUUAUAUCCAUGUAUAAUGUUCUACAGCAGCAAUCCUGGUGAAAAGGUUAAAAUCUGUGAAAUGCAGAUGCGGGGCACUCCAAGAGAUCUAUUACCUGGUGAUCCUAUCUGUAGUCCUGUAGCUACUGUCCUGGCAGAGGCCACUAUUCAACUCAUCCGUAUUCUGCAUCGUUCAGACAAAUGGACUCACUGUAUAAACAAAAAUAUGAUGGACCGUUUGCAGAAAGUCAAAUCUUGCAUCAAAGAAAUCAGCCAGAAAUUAAAAAAGAGUCGCUCUGUGCAAAGUAGAGAUGAACAUGAAAUAAAAGAAGAGAGUAAGGAGGAGGAAAAGAGCAAGUAUAGCAAGCAUGGUUUGGCAGAGCUCUCAGAAAUCCAGCUGAGGACCUUGUGCACUGAGGUGUGGCCUGUACUCGCAGUAAUUGGUGGUGUUGAUACAGGUCUUCGAGUUGGAGGGAGGUGCAUUCACAAGCAGACAGGGAGGCAUGCUACUCUUUUAGGCGUACUCAAAGAAGGGAGCACUUCAGCAAAAGUACAAUGGGAUGAUGCUGAAAUAACAAUAAGCUUCCCUACUUCUUGGUCACCCAGUGACACACCGUUGUACAACUUGGAACCCUGUGACCCACUGCCUUUUGAUGUCUCACGAUUCCGUGGGUUGACAGCUACUCUGCUGCUAGACCUCACCUACUUAACUGGUGUUCAUGAAGAGGGAACUAAACAGAGUGCAAGACGUCAUGAGAAAAAGCACAGGCACGAAUCUGAAGACAAAGCAGAGAUGGAGCAGAAAUUUGAGGCAGAUCUUACUAAAGAAACCAUUGAUCGAGUGAUCACACAGUCAGCUGAGGAGACAAAAGGCUUUAUGCAAGGUGGAGCUUCCAAUUCACGAUCAGAAAAUGACAUUUCAACUUGCACUUUGGAUUCUGUGCAUCUCAGUUUAGAUUCUCAACACCAUCUGCUGGAAGGAAAACGAAAGCCUCAUGAGCAUGUACUGAGAAAUCAUGAUUUAGUUCAAUCAGAAAUUCGAGCAGUUCAGUUAUCGUACUUGUGUCUUGGUGCUAUGAAGACACUUAGUGUUCUACUUAGCUGUAGCAAGUAUGCAGAAUUGUUGCUGAUCCCAAAGGUUUUAACUGAGAAUGGCCACAAUUCAGACUGUGCUGGGUCACCAGUUAUUCAGGACGAUGUAGAAAUGAGAACUGCACUCCAGUUUCUGAUGCGCCACAUGGUGAAACGGGCUGUCAUGCGUUCACCAAUUAAGAGAGCAUUGGGACUGACUGAUCUUGAGCGUGCGCAAGCCAUGAUUUAUAAACUGAUUGUGAAUUCGCUGCUGGAUGAUCAAUUUGGUGGCAAAGUUAAACAAGAUGCCCCUCAGCAGCCUGAAGAAAUAGAUGCUGCAAUGCAUGCACAAACACCUGUUACUACAAGUCCUUCUGCCUCCAGCACCACUUCAUUCAUGAGCAGCUCUCUUGAGGAUACCACCACUGCUACUACGCCCGUCACUGACACAGAAACUGUGCCUGCCUCAGAGUCACCUAGUGUAAUGCCACUCAGCCUUUUACGUCAAAUGUUCUCCAGUUAUCCAACUACCACACUGCUGCCUAGUCGACGAGCACAGACCCCACCUGUUUCUUCUCUACCAACCUCACCUUCUGAAGAAGUGGGUAGACGACAGAGUCUCACUUCACCUGAAUCCCAGCCCACUCGACCAACAAACCGAACAGCCUCUUCUGAUCCUAGUAGCAGACUUUCAACUUCACCGCCACCACCUCCAAUUGCUGUGCCUCUUUUGGAAAUGGGUUUUUCACUGAGGCAGAUUACAAAAGCCAUGGAAGCCACAGGUGCCAGAGGAGAAGCAGAUGCCCAGAAUAUCACAGUGUUGGCAAUGUGGAUGAUCGAACACCCAAGUACAGAAGAAGAUAACGAGCCACAGUCUGCAAUCACUACAGAUUCAUGCCAUGGAGCAACUGCUUCAGGCAGUGGUGAUAAGUCGAGAGAUCAGGGCUAUUUCCAGUCACCUGGAGAAAUACCUUCUGUUGAUGCCACAGAGCUGGAGGAAGGAUUCAGUGAAAGCCCAAAUCAAUUGGAUCAAGAAGAAAGUGGUUCAUCUACCAAUGUACCUUCCUCCAGAAACCGUUCAACUGUAACUAGAAGGCAAAAGUUUGAGGUAGCAGCUCGAACUCUGUUAGCACGUGCAGCAGGAUUGUACCGUUCAGUUCAGGCUCAUCGAAACCAAAGCCGGCGAGAAGGGACAUCGAUGGCACAAGACCCAGCUGCUCUCUAUGACUUUAACCUCGAUGAAGAAUUGGAGAUUGACCUGGAUGAUGAAGCAAUGGAAGCCAUGUUUGGUCAGGACUUUGCAAGUGAUAGUGAUAUAUUGGGGAUGUGGAUUCCAGAGGUACUGGACUGGCCAACAUGGCAUAUUUGUGAGUCUGAUGAAAGAGAUGAAAUAGUCAUCUGUGAACUCUGUGAUGCAAAUGUUGGUCAGUUUAAUCACCACAUGAAGAGAAACCAUCCAGGAUGUGGACGUAGUGCCAACCGUCAAGGCUAUCGCAGCAAUGGGUCCUAUGUGGAUGGAUGGUUUGGUGGUGAGUGCGGGAGUGGAAAUCCAUACUAUCUCUUGUGUAGUGGCUGUAGGGACAAGUAUCUGGCCAUGAAGAGCAAGACCAAAGCCCCAAUUUCAGAAAGAUACAAAGGCCAGGCACCAGAUCUGAUAGGCAAGCAAGAUAGCAUAUAUGAAGAAGACUGGGACAUGUUAGAUAUUGAUGAGGAUGACAAGCUAACUGGAGAGGAGGAGUUUGAGCUGUUAGCUGGACCCCUUGGCCUGAAUGAACGUAGAAUUGUACCUGAGCCAGUACAGUUUCCUGACAGUGACCCUCUGGGAGCAUCUGUUGCCAUGGUAACAGCAACCAACAGUAUGGAAGAAACGCUUAUGCAAAUUGGUUGCUUUGGAUCUGUAGAUAAACAUUCAUCUGGUAGAGUGACACUUGGAGAGCAGGCAGCAGCCCUGCACAAUCCACAUGACCGAGUUAUGGCCUUGAGGAGAGUGACUGCAGCAGCACAGGUCCUUCUAGCAAGGACCAUGGUCAUGAGAGCUCUUUCACUACUGUCUGUCAGUGGUUCUAGUUGCAGUCUGGCAGCAGGUCUCGAGUCUUUGGGAUUGACUGAUAUCAAGACCUUGGUUCGGUUGAUGUGUCUGGCUGCAGCCAGUAGAGCAGGUCUUUCUCCAGGUCCGGGUGCCAUCAGCACUUCAGAUCGUCCUCGUGGAGUUCAUAAUAAAGUUAACAAACCGAUUUCCUGCCUAGCCUACCUAAGCACAGCAGUGGGCUGUUUAGCUUCUAAUAGUCCAAGUGCCGCGAAACUACUUGUUCAGCUGUGUACACAGAACUUGAUCUCAGCAGCCACAGGUAUGAAUCUCACUACCAUAGAUGAUCCCAUUCAGAGGAAAUUUCUACCCAGUUUCCUUAGAGGUAUUGCUGAGGAAAAUAAACUUGUGACAUCUCCAAACUUUGUUGUAACCCAAGCAUUGGUAGCAUUACUUGCUGACAAGGGAGCCAAACUGAGACCAAAUUAUGACAAGACAGAGAUGGAAAAAAGAGGCCCUCUGGAGCUGGCUAAUGCCUUAGCAGCUUGCUGCCUCUCAUCUAGACUAUCUUCCCAGCACAGACAAUGGGCUGCUCAGCAGCUUGUUCGGACUCUUGCAGCACAUGACCGUGAUAACCAAAGCAAACCACAGACUUAUGCUGAUAUGGCUGGGGACCUACGGAAAUGUCCAUUCACCAAGCUUGAAGCACACCAGAAUAGGGUGAUCACAUGUCAGUGGUGCAGUAAAAAGGGUCUCCUAGCAACAAGUGGCAAUGAUGGGACUGUUAGAGUGUGGAGUGUCACUAAAAAUCAUUACAUCUUACAACAAACAUGUGUCUUCAAUAAAACAGAAAUUAUUUCAGAAGACUUGGGCAGUCUGGGCUCUCCUUGUGAACCAAACUUGUCUCUCAUUUGUUGGAGCAUUAGUGGCAAAUAUAUUGCAGCAGCAUUAGAAAAAAUGGUGAACAUCUGGCAAGUUACUGGGGGCAAGGGGCUUCUAGACGUACAACCACAUUGGGUUUCUGCUCUUGCAUGGCCCGAAGAAGGUCCAAUAGCCAGCUGGGCUGGUGACACUUUAGAAGUUCUUCUUGUAGGACGAAUGGAUGGAUCUCUUGGACUCAUCGAGGUAGUGGAUUCAUCUACUAUGCACCGACUUGAACUUGAGCACUGCUACAGAAAAGAUGUUGCAGUAACAGCCAUUGCUUGGUAUACUGAAGAUAAACCAUUUGCAGUGGGAUAUGCAGAUGGAAAAAUGCUAAUUGGUACGAAAGAGCCUCUGGAGAAAGGAACAGUUGUUAUGAUUGAGGCAUUCAAGGAAACCAUCACGUGUAUGAAAUGGGACCCUUUAGGGAUGAUGCUAAUGACUUGUGCCAAAGAAAACACCGUCAAACUUUGGAGUUUUAUUUCUGGAACCUGGAAGUGUCUGCAUAAACUAUCUCAUCCAGCUAUGGUAAAUACUGUCGCCUGGUGUAGUCAACUCGGUAAAGGUUUCAAGUUGCAGCUCAUGUUGGCCAGUGGAUGUCAGAAUGGUUUGGUGUGUGUCUGGACUGUCCCACAAGAGGUUUUCAAGGUUUCUCAGUCCACUUCCAGCAGCUCUGAUGAAUGGUGGGAACAAGAAUCCAAGAAUGAAGUGAAGAGUGGAUGUAGAAAUGUCGGAGAGGCAGUGUGCAUCUAUCAACUGAAGGGGCACAUCACUCCAGUGCGCACUGUAACCUUUAGCCCUGAUGGAUUGGUCUUAGUAUCAGGGGGACUUGGUGGACUAAUGAACAUUUGGUCACUGCGGGAUGGUAGUGUGCUGCAGAGUGUUGUGACAGGAUCUGGUGCUAUUCAGAAUACAGCCUGGAUUCCUGAUGUUGGAGUUGCAGCCUGUUCCAGUAGGUCAAAGGAUGUGUUGGUGGUAAACUGCCCAGCUGAAUGGAUAACUGCAAAUCAUGUUCUGGCAACAUGUAGAACUUCACUGAAAAAACAAGGAGUUAUUGGCUUAAAUAUGGCACCAUGUAUGAGGACUUUUCUUGAAAGGCUGCCAGUGAUGUUGCAAGAGCAAUAUGCAUAUGAAAAGCCUCACGUCUUAUGUGGAGACCAACUUGUUCACAGUCCAUACAUGCAGUGUCUGGCUUCCUUAGCUGUAGGUCUUCAGCUAGAUCGGCUCUUGUGUAAUCCACCAGUGCCACCUCAUCAUACUAGUUGCCCCCCUGACCCUGCGAACUGGAACUCCUCAGAGUGGUCCUGGUUAGAAUGUUUCUCCACCACUAUUAAGGCUGCAGAAGCAUUAGCUAAAGGAGGGCCAUUCCCUGAAUGCUUCACUGUACCAGAUCUAGAGCCUGCACCAGAAGAAGAAUUUUGUCAUGUGAUGGAUAAUAGUAAAUGGUUUGCUGGAAUGGAUGAACAAAUUAUGUCGUGGGCAUCAUCACGACCAGAGGACUGGCACCUUGGUGGAAAAUGUGAUGUUUAUCUUUGGGGAGCAGGGCGUCACGGGCAGUUGGCAGAAGCUGGAAGAAAUGUAAUGGUACCAACUGCUGCACCUUCUUUUUCACAAGCUCAGCAGGUAAUUUGUGGGCAGAACUGCACUUUUGUUAUCCAGGCUAAUGGAACAGUAAUGGCGUGUGGGGAAGGAAGUUAUGGUCGGCUAGGUCAAGGAAAUUCGGAUGAUCUUCAUGUAUUGACUGUCAUUUCAUCGUUACAAGGGUUUGUAGUAACACAGCUGGUGACUUCCUGUGGAUCCGAUGGACACUCUAUGGCUUUGACAGAAAGUGGUGAAGUCUUCAGUUGGGGUGAUGGGGAUUAUGGGAAACUGGGCCAUGGCAAUAGUGAUCGACAGCGCAGACCUCGGCAGAUUGAGGCACUUCAGGGAGAGGAGGUUGUUCAGAUGUCAUGUGGCUUUAAACAUUCAGCGGUUGUUACUGCAGAUGGGAAGUUGUUCACAUUUGGAAAUGGUGACUAUGGUCGUUUGGGACUCGGUAACACAUCUAAUAAAAAGCUGCCUGAGAGAGUGAUAGCAUUAGAAGGCUAUCAAGUUGGACAGGUUGCAUGUGGUUUAAAUCACACUUUAGCUGUCUCUACCGAUGGGAUGAUGGUUUGGGCUUUUGGUGAUGGUGAUUAUGGAAAGCUUGGUCUUGGCAAUUCAACAGCCAAAUCAUCUCCUCAGAAAGUGGAUGUUUUGUGUGGCAUAGGAAUUAAAAAAGUUGCUUGUGGCACCCAGUUUUCUGUUGCCCUGACAAAAGACGGCCAUGUGUACACUUUUGGCCAAGAUCGCUUGAUUGGCUUGCCUGAGGGUCGUGCCCGCAAUCAUAACAGACCUCAGCCAGUACCUGCUCUGAAUGGAGUCUUUAUUGAGGAUAUAGUUGUGGGUGCUGAGCACACACUGGGUCUUUCAACACCUGGAGAUGUUUAUGGCUGGGGCAGCAAUUCAGAAGGGCAGCUGGGUUUAGGUCAUACCAAUCAUGUAAGAGAGCCAUCUCUAGUCACAGCACUCCAGGGAAAGAAUAUUCGCCAGAUUUCAGCAGGACGUUGCCACAGUGUAGCAUGGACAGCUCCUCCAGUACCACCAAGAGCACCAGGUGUAUCUGUGCCUCUGCAGCUAGGUUUGCCAGACUCCAUUCCACCCCAGUAUAGCUCUUUGAAGGAAACAAAUAUUGAAACAAUCAGGGCCAGGCUACGUUUGCUGUACCACUUCUCAGAUCUCAUGUACUCCUCAUGGAGGUUACUUAACCUGAGUCCAAACAAUCAGAACAGCACAUCUCACUAUAAUGCUGGAACAUGGGGAAUAGUCCAGGGACAAUUAAGACCAUUGCUGGCACCAAGAGUGUACACUCUUCCUAUGGUACGUUCCAUUGGAAAGACAAUGGUCCAAGGCAAAAAUUAUGGCCCUCAGAUUACAGUAAAAAGGAUUUCUACCAGAGGUCGCAAGUGUAAGCCCAUCUUUGUACAGAUUGCUAGGCAAGUAGUUAAACUCAACGCAUCAGAUUUGCGGUUACCUUCACGUGCCUGGAAGGUGAAACUGGUGGGCGAGGGUGCUGAUGAUGCUGGUGGAGUAUUUGAUGAUACCAUCACAGAGAUUUGUCAAGAGCUUGAGAUGGGGAUAGUAGACCUUCUCAUUCCUACUCCAAAUGUCACAGCUGAAGUCGGCUACAACAGAGACAGAUUCCUCCUGAACCCUUCAGCGUGUUCAGAUGAGCACCUAAUGCAGUUCAAGUUUUUAGGAAUUCUUAUGGGUGUUGCCAUUCGUACAAAGAAACCAUUGGAUCUCCACUUAGCACCAAUGGUAUGGAAGCAGCUUUGCUGUAUUCCACUUUCAUUGGAAGAUCUUGAGGAAGUGGACUUGCUUUAUGUGCAAACACUUAACAGCAUUCUUCACAUUGAAGAAGGUGGAAUAACUGAGGAGAAUUUUCAUGAGAUGAUACCCCUUGAUUCUUUUGUGGGUCAAAGUGCUGAUGGUAAAAUGGUUCCGAUUAUCCCUGGUGGGAAUAGUAUCCCACUCACCUUUUCCAAUAGGAAGGAAUACGUGGACAGGGCAAUUGAAUACAGGCUGCAUGAAAUUGAUCGGCAAGUAGCUGCAGUUCGUGAAGGGAUGUCUUGGAUCAUUCCAGUUCCCCUGCUGUCUCUCCUUACUGCUAAGCAGCUGGAACAAAUGGUUUGUGGGCUGCCCGAAAUCUCUGUAGACGUUCUAAAAAAGGUUGUACGGUAUCGAGAGGUAGAUGAGCAACAUCAGUUGACACUGUGGUUCUGGCAGACACUGGAGGAAUUCUCCAAUGAAGAGCGAGUUCUUUUCAUGCGUUUUGUAUCAGGCCGAUCUCGUCUGCCAGCAAACACUGCCGAUAUCUCUCAGCGAUUUCAGAUUAUGAAAGUUGAUAGGCCUUACGACAGUUUGCCUACCUCACAAACUUGCUUCUUUCAGUUGCGUCUACCUCCAUACUCCAGUCAGGCAGUCAUGGCGGAGCGAUUGCGCUAUGCUAUAAACAACUGCAGAUCCAUAGAUAUGGACAACUACAUGCUGUCUCGUAAUGUGGACAAUGCAGAAGGCUCUGAUACCGAUUACUAAUUGAACAAAACUGCUGCACCAAGGGGCAAUGGUUAGCAAAGUCAAUGGUAUUGCAAGUAUAAGUGACUACUGCAGCUAUAGUGAAGAACCCAGAAUAUUUCAAUUGUAUAUGAACUUGAAGAAAAAUGAAUGUGAUCAAUGUUAUUGUUUGAUUUUAAUUUCAACUAUAAGCAGGUUUAAAAAAGUUCUCCUGAUAUUUGUUUUUGUUCAUUUUUUGAUAAGUUUGCAUGGAGAUAUUUUGGUGCAUUUUUGAGUGGUAUAGAUGACCCCUCCAAGUAUUGGGGGCUAUGAAAUUAAAGUUUAACAGAAAAUGUACAUUGUGUAUAAUUGUUCAUGAGGGAGAGCAAUUUUACAUAAAUAUUCUUAUAUUUAUUUUUGUUUUAAUUUGCAUUGCCUGUGCUGAGUUUCCUAUCAGAACGACAUCCAAAACAAUAAAGCAUUAAUUUAAA